AUGUCGACUUUUACUAGACUCUCCACGCUACUAACAAGACAAACGCGACCCUUUAAUCGAACAAUCUCACGAAGCAGAAUUACAAUCACAAACUACAAUGCAUCUGAAACCAGCAAUGUUCACAGACCUACACCAGUUCUCUUGUUGAGAACAAAUAAAGAUGACAAAAUACCUUGUUUAUGGCAGCAGAAAUUCAGUGAAUUAGGGUAUUCCAGCGUACAAGCAUACAUAGAGUUACCUCAGGAUCAGGAACCAUUACAAACGAGCUAUGGAGAAUUAAAACAGGCCACAACAGAACUUUCCUUCUUUCCUCCACUGAUGAUUAGUUUCGGUCAAGUAGCAUGGCGCAUUUCGCAGAAAUAUGUCUCCAAUAAGCCAGUGUCUGGACUAGUGAUGGUUGAGGCCAGCGAUGAUGAUAGCAGCUCGGAGCUGUUGCAGAAAUACCCUAUGAGUGAAUUUGAACCUCAUUUUCCAUUGUUGAUGCUCUCCAAUUCGAAUCCACCUCCAUUUCUGGAUGGUUGGGUUGACCACAGUGCACCCCAUGGUACAGAUACAUUUGGACAAGUUGUCGAUUGGAUGGAUCAAGUAGGCAUGUAA